AUGGAGAAUUUUAACUAUUUUUCUCCUUUUUCUAAAUUAAAUCAGAAGCUACUAAAAUUCUUUCCAGAGUCAAAGUUCAAUCACAUUAGUAUUAAGAAAGGAUUCAAGUCCGGAUUUACUGAUAUUCAAGUAUUCCGUGAUUUAGAAGGAGAAUAUUUACUAAACAGCAACGGAAAACUCAAAAUCUCCAACUUCACAUCACAGUAUAGCGUAUAUAGUAACAUGGAUUAUUACGCUUUUGCAAAAUAUUUAUCAGACCAUAAACACUUCGGGGUAUCCGGUAAAAUUAUAUCAGAAAAAAUAAUGAAUAGAACAAUAUACUGUGUUCCCAAAGAUGUUUUCUCUGAAUUACAGAUUCUUUUGAGUGGAAGCAACGUAGGUUUUAAGUUUUCCUUAUGCCAUAUGUAUGAUAAGACACCAAAAAUAUGCACGCUCGCGUCAAUGAGAGGUUCCCAGAUAUAUACAAGUACUACAUUCUCUGAUAAAGGAACAAAUAUGACUGCGUCUUUGUUCUUUAACUUUGGUUUGCUAAUUAGUGGACAAUGCAUUACUAAGCCAUUUGUUUUAAACUCGAUAGAAAUAGGAUAUUUAACAAAAUAUAAAAUUUUAGAUUUUUAUACUUCUUUAGAUGCCCUACAUGCAAAAGCUAACAUAGCAAGCAUCGCCAAAGUUGGACAGAACAUCAGUAUCGCAUCAAAUGGACAGUACGAUCAUUUACAAAAAAUAGGCAACUUUAAAUUCGGAAUUUUAAUUGAUAAAGAUGCAAAACUUAGAGCUUCAAUCGAUGCACGUGGCUUUACAGAUAUAGAUGUUAUCAUUAAACCUAAACCAUGGCUUAAAGUUUGCUUGAAUUCGAAGUCAAACAUUUUCAAAGCAGAAACAGCAACUUUUGGUUACUCUCUUGACUUCAAUAUUUAA